UAUCUAUGGCUAACUUCUGAUCGCUUCUGAUACUGAUAAACUGAUAAACGAACUGUUAACGUGGGUACUGAUUUCACUGCACCGGUAUUAAUUCUGCUUUGUGCUCGUUGUGCCACGUUUUAUGUGUAAACCACUUGGAAAUUAUUAAUUAUCAUAUAAUCAUUUUGCGGAGUUAACAACAAAACUAUUUACCUGUAAUUCAGUAUAUUUAAAAAACAAAUUCCAUAACCUCCACAUAUUUUCAAAAUGAUUGAUACAGAAAAUAUGGUACGUUAUAUUUCUCCAGUAAACCCAAAUGUUUUUCCACAUCUAACAUUUGUUCUGUUGGGAAUAGGCAUUUUCUUCACAGCUUGGUUCUUUGUGUACGAAGUAACAAGUACAAAACUUACCAGAGAUCUUAAAAAAGAAUUACUUUUAUCAUUAGUAGCUUCAGUAUUUUCUGGAUUUGGAAUUAUGUUCUUGUUGCUUUCUGUUGGUAUUUACGUAUAAUAAAAGUCUUACUGUUUCAUUAAUAAUUUUAUAUAUUGUA